AUGGCAGCCCAUGUGAGCCUCUUCAUCUGUCCCUUCCCCCCUUCACUUCAUCCUCCCCUCUUCCCCACCUCAUCCUCCCCGCCUCCCUCGACUCUCCUGGUCCCCUCUGCUUACCGCUUCGCUGUCCCCUGCUUGCGCCUCUUCCCCCUCCCCUCCUCAUUCUCCCCCCCGCCAGUGUUCCGGUGGCGCAUGGCAGCGCAUGACGUGUGGCGGCUCAGGGACCUGGCAGCCUACACCAACUGCACCUUCGCCACGGGCAAGAGGCUCACCCCCGUCCGCACCUCCUACCGCUACAAGUACAAGGUGCCGGUGACAGCAGCGGGUACAACACUCUUCUUCGCCUGCAGCAUCCCCUCCCACUGCAGUGUCUUCCGCAUGAAGACACAGAUCCCCGUCUCACCCUAG